GUUCACCCGCACUCUCUGGGGCGUGGUGACGAAAGUAGUUGCCAUGGAGUUGCGCUAAGUAACCCUCUGGUAGUGGGACGCUGAGGCCGGAGGGGAACAAUCCCUGAACCCAAUGGAAUGAAUCCCUAAUGGUGGAGUUUCAGGCUUCAGUGACAGGCUGAACCCAGAUUCCCAGGGCCCAUGCUUCCACCUGAUGAAUGAUGGCCUGAACUAUGAGCAAACGGGACUACAUGAACACUUCGGUGCAGGAGCCUCCUCUUGACUACUCCUUCAAAAGCAUCCACGUGGUCCAAGAUCUGGUAAGCGAGGAGCCAAGGACAGGUCUACGACCAGUGAAGCACACCAAGUCAGGAAAGUCAAUGACCCAGUCCCUGUGGCUCAACAACAAUGUCCUCAAUGAUCUGAAAGACUUCAGCCAGGUGGUUUCACUGCUUCUGCAGCACCCAGAGAACCUGGCCUGGAUUGACCUCUCCUUCAAUGACCUGACUUCCAUUGACCCUGUCCUAACAACAUUCUUCAACCUAAGUGUCCUCUACCUUCAUGGCAACAGCAUCCAUCGCCUAGGGGAGGUGAAUAAGCUAUCUGUGCUCCCUCGUCUCCGGAGCCUGACCCUCCAUGGGAACCCCAUAGAGGAAGAAAAGGGGUACAGGCAGUAUGUGCUGUGCAACCUGCCCCGUAUCACCACGUUCGACUUCAGUGGAAUCACCAAGGCAGACCGCACCACAGCCGAAGUCUGGAAACGCAUGAACAUCAAGCCCAAGAAGGUCCGGGUCAAGCAGGAUGCACUCUGAGAUUGGCAGGACCCCAGCACACCCAGUGCCCUGAAAAUGAUCAGCUUGUUUGACAAUAAAUGAUUUGAGCUGUUCAGCAGAUUAAAGUCCCCU